AUGAUAGCGCCACCACCACCUAUUGUAAUCGACUCACAAGCUAUAAGUGGAAUAACAGGUUCAAUAUCAAUAGCAUGUUGGAUUAUUGUAUUUGCACCCCAAAUUUAUGAAAACUUUAAACGGAAAUCUUCAGAAGGCUUAUCAUUGCUGUUUAUAAUAUUAUGGUUAGCAGGUGAUGUAUUUAAUGUACUAGGAUCAGUCUUACAAGGAGUGUUGCCAACUAUGAUUAUAUUGGCUGUUUAUUAUACUCUUGCGGAUAUUGUUUUGUUAUGGCAAUGUUUAGUAUAUGGCCAUGGAGAAACCAAAGCAGAUUUAAUUCAUUUAUCUCCGGCAAAUCCAUUGAGUGAGGAUGUUUUGGAAACAGUUAUGACUGAGGAACAUCAUUGUCAUUUCCAUCAACAUUUACAAGAAGACGAAGAGGAUGAGGAUGAUGAAGACAAUGUAAGAAAUGGAUUUAUAGAUAGAGAUUUGGAAGCUCCUUCUUCAGAAGCUUCUUCUUGUAGUUCUAUUUCCAAAUUAUCCCAAAUGCAAGCUCUCUUGAUGAAUACUUUAAUGGUUGCAUUGGUCAUUGCAGCAGGUGUGAUUGGGUGGUACAUAUCAUAUGUUAGAGAAGCUGAACAUAAUAGAAAACAUCCAGGACAUAUACGUAAACCAGAAGAAAUGAUAUUUGAUCCAUUAGCACAAUUUUUUGGAUGGUUGUGUGCAGUGUUGUAUCUUGGAUCAAGAGUGCCACAAAUUGUAUUGAAUUAUGAACGGAAAUCGUGUGAUGGUAUUUCAUUUAUGUUUUUCUUAUUUGCAUGUUUAGGAAAUUUGACGUAUGUCAUUUCGAUAUUGUCAAUAGAUACAAGUUUGAACUAUUUAUGGGUAAAUUCUUCUUGGUUGGCUGGAUCAUUGGGGACUUUGGCUUUGGAUUUUACGAUUUUUGUUCAAUUUUUCAUGUAUAAUGAAGAUGAUCUUGAUUCUGAUGAAUGUGAAAGUGAAUUGCCAACUGAAGAAAGUUCAUUAAUUGCAGGUCCAAGAGAAGAACGUGGUGCAUAUGGAACCAAUUAA